AAGUGACUUGUUGUCUCACAGUGAAGCCAUUCAGAUGGUGAAGACUGAAGCUGAGAGAUGAACCGGCGCUACAUCUUCCCUUUUCAUUUCCAGGCUUAAACGUGUUUCUUCAAGACUUCAAUCUGCUGAAUGGGAGGAAGUGGCACAAAAAGCCCUGUCCAAACAUGAAUGUACAAAAUCGCUGCUGCAACAAAAGAUGUCGAAAAUGGCCUUGCGUUACACGAACAAGCUUGUCCCCGUUGUCCUCAUUUAUGAUAUUGAAUGUGUUCAUCCUGUUUCUCACAGCAAAAGUGACAGUGGCGAUGAAAGUGACCUCCAGUGGCCCGCAGACAAUGCAAAUGGCUCAAGGGGAAUCUGUUACACUAGACUGCACCUACACGUCUGGUCCAGCAGACACAGGAGAGCUUGACAUUGAGUGGUCAGUCAUCAGCCCAGACACCACCAAAAAAGACCAGAUGAUCAUAUCAUACACAGGAGGAAGACGAUAUACUUAUGGUGACCCUGCUUUGAUGAAAGGUCUGGACUUCACGGCUCCAGAUCCUGGUCAAGGAGAUGCGUCUCUGUCUAUUGCCUCUCUGACUGACAGUCAUGCUGGAACAUAUCAGUGCAAGGUCAAAAAGGCACCAGGGGUCGACAGCCGCAAAAUAUCACUGGUUGUGAUGGUGAGACCGUCUGUGCCGAAUUGCUGGGUUGAUGGCGGUGGAGGAGUGGGUGAAGCGGCGUCUCUCCUCUGCAGAUCAGACGAGGGCUCCGCGCCGCUGCUGUACUCAUGGAGGAGAGAGAGCGGAGGAGCGAUUCCUGCAGACGCCACUCAGAAUUCCCUCACGGGAGAACUUCUGAUCAGUAAUCUCUCCAUAAGUCACACCGGUGUGUAUUCCUGUGAGGUUUCCAACGCUGUAGGGAAAGAAAGCUGCCGACUAACCCUUCAAGCUGUAAAGCCUCCUAAUAGAGCAGGAGUGAUAACAGGCACUGUCGUUGGCUGUUUACUGCUCAUCAUGAUCGUCCUGCUCAUUAUCUGGCUCCUCGUCUUCAGAUGCAACUGGAAUCGACGGGAGAAAGAGUUCUCGAAUGAGAUUAGAGAAGAUGCUCCUGCACCCGAGAGUCGCCCAACCAGCAGAGUCUCCAGCUUCCGCUCAGGUGUGGCCUACAGUCAGGUGGGACAAGUACAAAAUGAACAUCCAACCUCCAGCAACACCAGCUACAGCACAGCAAAAUAUGACAGCAGAUUUGGUUAUGCUGUGUGAGAGAUGAAAAUGAACAAAAUGAACAAAACUGCCCCACAAAAUCAAGAAGAGGGGGUAAAACAACCCUGAAUAUCACAAGCAAAGUGAAAUAUUUGCUGCAUUACAUUUAGAUCUAUGAACAUUGCAUCAGAUUUGUAUGUGGGUGUGUGCGUGUGUGUGUCCAGAGUUUUAAACAGAAAUUCUCUUAUCUUAUCAACAUUAACAAGCAGAUACAAUGUAAGUAAGAAUUUUUUUACAUUAUAGAUUAUACAUUUAUUGACAAUAACUUGAUUAAGUUAAAUGAUUAUUGGUUCUUGCAUAACUUGUGAUGGACUAACAUCUGACUGGUGUGUUUUGUCUCUAUAGCCAGAAUAUGACGUGUUGUUUCACAGGUACAAACUGUUUUUAACAUGUAUUUCAUUAAUCAACAUUAUUAAUCAUACACUCAAAAACUACUUUUUUACUUGUUCAAACUACUUUAUUAAAAUGAGCUGAGACAACAAAAUUCUUGAUAUUUCAUUGGGACAACUUAAUUUUUGUAUGUUCAAUCCACAUAAAUUUGUGAAUCCACACAAGUGUUGGGACAACAUGAAUGAAUUGAGUGAAACCCUACAUUAUUUUACAGCUAAAGUAUUGUAACCACACUUUUGGUCAAAAUUGAGUUAAACCCUAAAAAGGAUCUUGUGACAUCUGUUCUGUCUUGUGACAAACUCUCUUGGUUCAAUUUUAUCCUGAUUCAGAAAAAAACUGUGUCAAAAUUGCAGUAAUACAAAACCCAAGAUGUAAAAAAACAACAACUUUAAAGGCAUUUCGAUGAGUUUAUGUAGAUACUGCAUCUUGCCUUUGCAUUAAUCAGUAAUAAAUAAAAAAUAUUAAUAAAUAAAACAAUAGCCAUAAUGUUGCAGUCCUGUAAUUUAUAGCCAUUAUAUACUAUAAUAUUUUGCAUUUAUAAUCAUUUUUUAAACAGUUUGUUAAUAAAUUUUCAUAGAACAUUUGAAAAUGUUUUGAUUGUGUACUGACACAACUACAUUUAAUAAUGUAUUAAUUUCAUUCACUUAGCUCUUAUAAAUGAACUGAAAAGGAAUAGCCUAUACUAUAGUACAAAAUAUGAUGAAAUUUUGCUAAUAACUACCCUUGGACAUCUAAGAGUUACAGUAUGUAACUUUUUUCUAUAAUUUUACCUUGAUGAAUUGUCUGAAGCCAUUGAUUGUGAUUUAGUUUUGCUUGUGUAUGUUUUUUAAACUCUGAAAGUGUGUUAGCCCAUGCCUUCCCCACAGUUUUGGAGAUAAAUAAUCUUCUAUUGAAGAAACAAAGUCACUUAAAUAGACUUUAAUAGAAUUUACUUUCUGACUAUAAACUGGUUUGCAUUCAGUAAUAUUGCCUUAUAAAAUAUGAAAUCAAAAUGUCUUUGUUAAUGUAAUUAUUUUCCAUUCAGUUUAACAAGGAUUCAUAUGAGUGAAGCACACAUGAUGAAUUAAAUUAUAAGAUGCAGAACCAGAUCCGAUCAAUUCAGGUAAUAUAAUCUAAAAUAAAAAGGCCUAAUGGUAAUAUUUGUUUGUGAGGAGAGCCUCGAUUGUUGACGUUUUUUAAACAUGAUGUAACAAAUUAUGUUUUUUUUCCCAUGAGAUUUAAAGGUUGACGUGAUGACUGAAAAUGAACUUUGUGUUUGUGUAUUUUCAAACAAUGUCUGCUUUGCUGUUGUUGUUGUUGUUUUGCUUAUUUGACCAUUUUUUUUUUGUUUUUUUUUGUACUAGAACAACGUUUGGAUGGAUAUUUGUUUGUGAAUAUGAAAAAAUAUGUUGUUUUCUUCAGCAUUUGUUGAACUGAUAUUUGCUGAUGCUAUACUGAAAGGUUGAAUUUUUAUG